GCGAAAGAUUCGCUUGGGAGAAGUUGCUGCCAGCUUCUUGGAGGCCGAUGUUCGUGCUUCUUGUGGUCACCAUUUGGUUUCUGGGAAUGAGAUUCUUCGAUUUGGAUGAAUUUGGAUGACAGAGUUGAUCAGAAUCAUGAGAAAUCUCUCAGAAGACAGCCUCGGCAAGCUUGAGCAGACAGAGGUAUCAUAGUUCUGGAUUGAAUCCGUUUGAUGCAGGCCUUGAGAUAUUCCCAGUGACUCGUUCCGUUUUGCUGCCAGAACUGGUCACACUCACACCCGGACGUGCCACCACCACUGGCACCGUUGCGUGCUUUCAAGUACACCACUGCGGGCGGGUCGCGAGGAGGAUGGAAACGGAGUGGCGAAUUUGAUGCUUCCAGAAUGGACAGUGUGUUUCGCUUUGGCUUUGAUGGCAAAAACCCGAUGAGCAACAAGAACCUGGUCUUCGAUGAAGUUCACAACAUGCUCGCACUGCCGAGGUAAUGAUACCUAGAACUUGAACGCAAUGUGCAGGCGGUCGCUGACUGCCGCGGGUCAACAUUGGUCUUUUUGACUGGGAGCCCAGUGCAGACAGACAUCGAUGAUGGUGAACGCCUCUUGCGUGUGCUGAAAGGAAGCGAACAUGCCGAUGCUGGUCCGGAGGGUUGGUUGGACAUGCACACUGAGCGUUCGCUCGAGUACUUUCCAAAGGUGUACCCCGACGGUGUGCCUGACCGACCCCUGUGCUCGCAUCUUGAAGGAGAGUUGGUCCUUGCAGUAGACCUUCCUGAAGAAAUGGAAGCAAAGUAUCGAGAGGUUGAGAGCCAAGGUGCUGAUACCGUUCGGCUCAGAGACUGCUGCAAUUUGUCCGUUCAUCACACUUGGGCCCUGAGACCACAAAAGCGCCAUUUGAUGUUGGAGGCCGCCGAGCAAUAUGCGCGAAAGCUCCAUGAGGUCGCCAAAACGGUCUGGCGGUCUGGUGAAAAGGCUAUGGCCGCUGCUUCUCGGCGUGGUGGCCUCCAGGUGCUCAAGGAGCUCUUGCGGCUUUACGCCCCAGAUGAUUAUGUGCAGAUUGCAGUGUUCUCUGGACACUGCAGUAUGAUCGUCUCACGUUCCCGGGAAGAAGCUGUGCAACCAGCAGAGGACACGGGCCCUCAGACGCUUCAAUUCAGUCAAGCACUCCGAGGUUCGUGUGUUGCUUUUGGACACUGCCUUCGGACGAGAGGGCCUUUCGGCUUUAGGAGUUGGACAAUUGCACUUGGUUGAUGUGCCGACCAGCUGGGCGGAGUACAAACAGACGGUCGGCAGGGCAAUCCGAUUUGGGGAUGUGAAAAAAGGCUCAAGGCGCAGCUUGCAGGUUCACCUAUGGGUCUCCAGGCUGCUUGAGGGUGACUCUGCAGAUGAGGUGCUUUUGUCCAACUUGCGUGAUCAAGGCGCCGAACUCUGCGCAGCGGAAGACCAACUGAGAACUUGGAGUAUUGAUUGCUGAUUCACAUGAUUCAAUUUUUUUAUGGGUGUAGGUUGGGAUGGGUGAGGCGGUGAUUGGGCACCGUUCUUCAUGAGAAAUUAUUUGUUAUGUG